GCCCUCGCCUGAAACCCGUACCGCGGGGUGAAAGAUUAUUUCCAGUUGGUUGGCUUCCAGGGGUGUUAUGCUUAGACAGCAAGUUGAUUUCAGACCAGCGCAUUGCACAGAAACCCACAUGAGACACUGACCCCGGGCCCUGCGGCCGAAGAGGUCUGGUCAGAGCUAUGAGGGUGCUGGUUCAGUCAUGCUCACCGUGGACGACGUUCUGGAGCAGGUCGGGGAGUUCGGUUGGUUCCAGAAGCAAGCCUUCCUGAUCCUGUGCCUGCUCUCUGCCGCCUUCGCCCCCAUCUACGUGGGCACCGUCUUCCUGGCCUUCACCCCGGACCACCGCUGCCGGAGCCCCGGGGUGGCCGAGCUGAGCCGGCGAUGCGGCUGGAGCCUCGCCGAGGAGCUCAGCUACACGGUGCCGGGCCCGGGGCCCGAGGGCCAGGCCUUCCCCCGCCGGUGCCGCCGCUACGAGGUCGACUGGAACCAGAGCGCCCUCGGCUGCGUGGACCCGCUGGCCGGCCUGGCCGCCAACAGCAGCCUCCUGCCUCUGGGCCCCUGUCGGCACGGCUGGGUGUACGACACGCCCGGCUCCUCCAUCGUGACCGAGUUUAACCUGGUGUGCGAUGACUCUUGGAAGGUGGACCUCUUUCAGUCCUGUGUGAAUGUGGGCUUCUUCCUGGGCUCCCUGGGCAUCGGCUACAUUGCAGACAGGUUUGGCCGUAAAGUAUGCCUCUUGGCCACCACCCUCAUCAGCGCCAUCCUGGGUGUCCUGACGGCGGUUGCUCCAGACUACACGUCCCUGCUGCUCUUCCGCCUGGGGCAGGGGCUGGUCAGCAAGGGCAGCUGGACGGCUGGCUACACCUUGAUCACAGAAUUCGUGGGCUUGGGCUACAGAAGGACGGUGGCGAUCCUCUACCAGGUGGCGUUCACGGUGGGGCUCGUGCUGCUCUCCGGGCUGGCCUACGCGGUCCCUCACUGGCGCUGGCUCCAGCUGGCCGUCUCUCUGCCCACCUUCCUCCUCCUGCUGUGCUACUGGUUUGUGCCCGAGUCGCCCCGAUGGCUGUUAUCGCAAAAGAGAAACACUCAAGCAGUGAAGAUAAUGGACCACAUAGCCCGAAAGAAUGGGAAAUUGCCUCCUCCUGAUCUAAAGAUGCUGUCUCUCGAAGAGGAUGUCACUGAAAAGCUGAGCCCCUCGUUUGCAGGCCUGUUCCGCACGCCGCACCUGAGGAAGCACACCUUCAUCCUGAUGUACCUGUGGUUCACCAGCUCCGUUCUCUACCAGGGCCUCAUCAUGCACAUGGGCGUCACCGGCGGGAACCUCUAUCUGGAUUUCUUCUACUCUGCUCUCGUCGAGUUCCCGGCCGCCUUCAUCAUCCUCGUCACCAUCGAGCGCUUCGGCCGCCUCUACCCGCUGGCCGGGUCCAAUCUGGUGGUGGGGGCGGCCUGCUUCUUCAUGAUCUUUAUCUCACACGAUCUGCACUGGUUGAAUAUCGUGGUAGCUUGUGUUGGCCGAAUGGGAAUCACCCUCGCGUUCCAGAUGGUGUGCCUGGUGAACGCUGAGUUGUACCCUACGUUCCUCAGCGGCUUUGGGGCUGGUUGCCGGGGGAAUGACGCUGCUUCUUCCGGAGACCAAGGGGGUCGCUUUGCCAGAGACCAUCAAGGACGCGGAGAACCUGCGGAGGAAAGCAAAGCCCAAAGAAAACAAGAUUUACGUUCAGAUCCAAACAUCAGAAUUCAACUCGCAGGCACCCGAGAGAGAUGCUUCGCUGGGGACCGGGUGGCAGAGAUGAGGACGGAGUUAUCAUCUGAAGAAAUGCUCGGAAGCCCUAAGCUUUUCCUCCUACUUGCCUGCCCCUAAGUCAUUAUCAGUUCUAAAGAACACUAAGUGUGCUUUGUUUUGUUUUAUUUUCUUUGUUUUAAGUCUCUCAGAGCCCUGGCUGUCUUUUAUCUACUUAUCCUUUCCAGUGAGAGCUGUUGGUGGUUACCAGGUACUUAAUUAUCUAAAUUAUUUAGAAGGUCCAAUAGAAUUUAAAUACUGUUAUAAAAGAGACCUCCGUAACUGGUUUCCUAGAAUAAGUAUUGUUUUAUUCACUCUCUGAAAGAAAAUGUCUUUGUAUUUGUAGGUGCCUGUGUUGGCAAAAGUAUUUCAACAUAUAGAUUUCUUGGAGGGCACUUGGUUUUUAAGCAUGGUGAUUCCUCCAGCAAACUCCAGCCCAGCCCUGCUUACACAUAACGCUCCUCAUCCAAAGGCCAGGAGCAUUGUGAGCUUUUUAGGGAAGACGUUUCUGCCACUUACAUUCUAAGAAUACUUUAUUCAAUUUCACUUUUGCUUUUAGUUCUUGUUGGAGAUACUAGAAGGUGAACUCAUGCCAACUAUGGAAUAUCACAGUAAAUAUAGCAAAAAGAGGAGUUCAGUUUACUGUGAGUUAGUAGUAACUGGUUCAAGGUCUGGUUCAAGAAAUGAUUUCAUUCCUGGAGUACACAAAAACUUUACUUAAAUUUCUUUAAGUGUGAGACAAACCACAAAGACAACAUACUGGGCACCCUUCAGAGUACAUUGGGGGAAAAGAGAUUCUAAUGUGAAUUGGAGGCAUGAUCAAAGACCUGUGGUCAUUUUAUAAACACUUAUGGCCGGAUUGGCUAAGCCAGGGGAUGGCCUCGGGGACUUGAGAUCUCGGGAUUCUGUCCUGGAUGGCAUCUGACCUUCCCUUGAGAAUGGACGUGGGCUACUUGGAAACCUGAAACCGUGCCCUUGGCAAAAAACCCACAAAAACUAAAAAUCAACUGUACUUCGAUUAAAAGAUUAUAAAUAAAUACAUAAGCAAAACAAAAACACAUCUGGACCCAUGGAGGGGACCUAGCGCUUCAUUUCAGCUUCUCCCAAGCAAAGCCCUGACUCUGUAUCUUAUCUUUCUGACCAUCGCAAUUAUACUCUUUACUGGUAACAAAUA